AUGCCUAUGAAACUCGAAGGGAGUUGCCAAUGCGGCAGCGUUCAAUUUACCCUUCAGUCGCAAACACCGGUCCCCUACCAGCUUUGCGCAUGCAGUAUAUGCCGUAAAGCAGGCGGGUAUCUCGGUGCCGUGAACCUCGGCGGCAUUACCGACAGUCUGAAUAUCAUCAAGGGCAAAUAUUUGAUCAAGAAGUAUUCAGCCAUAAAAGACCGCGGAACAUCAGACGAACAGCUCUGCACCUCUGAACGGAACUAUUGUUCGAACUGCAGUACCAUGCUGUGGCUUUGGGACUACCACUGGCCUGAAUUGAUUCAUCCGUUUGCUUCCGCAAUUGAUACCGAGUUGCCAGUGCCGGAUGAGAUGGUGUGCAUUAUGGAGGGAUCGAAGCCGGCUUGGGCAAGAUGGCCGGAGGGCAAGAAGACUGUGCACCAGCUACAUGGUGGAGAUAGUCUCGAGGGAUGGCACAAGCGACAUGGACUCUUUGUCGAGUAG